AUGUCCCCGGUCCUCCUCGUCCUGCUGGCAUGGAGCUGGUCUCAGACCAGCGGGCAGUUUGACGUGUGCCGGUCUCUGCGCGGCUCGGAGGCGGGGCCAGGGUGGGAGUUCUACCCCUGUCAGCCUUUACCUGCCAACAUGAAGGAAGUGAUGCAGAUCAGAGUCGACCCCCCCGGAAUCACCUGUGGUAACCCACCUGAGCGGUUCUGCACUUUGGAGAACCCGUACCUGUGCAGUGAUGAGUGUGAUGCGUCCAGCCCCGACCUGUCUCACCCUCCUCAGCUGAUGGGAGACAGGGAGAGGGGGGGGCUUAUCACCUACUGGCAGACGGUCACAUGGUCAAGGUAUCCUGAGCCCCUAUUGGCCAACAUCACUCUGUCCUGGAACAAGAGCCUGGAGGUGGUCGAUGACAUCGUCGUCACCUUCGAGUAUGGGCGACCAACCAGCAUGGUGCUGGAGAAAUCUAUGGACAAAGGUGUAACAUGGCAGCCGUAUCAGUACUACGCUGAUGACUGUCUGGAGGCGUUCGGUAUGUCUCCUAAACGGGUCUCUGACUUAGCACCGAGUAACUUAACCCGGGUUAUCUGUACCGAGGAGUACUCCCGCUGGGUCGGAGCCAAGGAAGAGAAGAUCAUGGUUUUCGAGGUGCGCGCUCGGUUCGCGGUGUUUGCAGGUCCAAAGUUGAUCAACAUGGACGCCCUGUACACCCGCAUGGAGACGAUGAAGGGUCUGAGGGACUUCUUCACCUUCACCAACCUCCGACUAAGACUCCUCCGCCCGGCACUGGGAGGGACCUACGUCCAGAGGGAUAACCUGCUGAAAUACUUCUACGCUAUUUCUAACAUUGAUGUACCUGCCAGGUGUAAGUGUAACCUGCACGCGUCUCAGUGUGUGUUACGCGAUGCGACGCUGCAGUGUGAGUGUGACCACAACACGAGUGGACAGAACUGUCAGCUCUGCAGCCAACUGUUCAAAUCCCGCAGCUGGAGACCAGGAUCAUAUCUACCCUUACCCAAAGGCACUGCCAACACCUGUGAGGCAGCAGAAACAGCAGCCAGUAAGUACUGUUCACCUGUUCACCUGGCCCAGCAGAUAUACCUCCUUCUGAUGCACCUCCCCCUGAUGAACGUCCUCCAGAUGUACCUUCCCCUGAUGUACCUCCCCCUGAUGUACCUCCCCCAGAUUUACCUCGCUCUGAUGAACGUCCUUCAGAUGUACCUGCCGCUGAUGAACGUCCUUCUGAUGAACGUCCUCCAGAUAUGUAACUCCUCCAGAUCAGUAGAUGAUCAAGAAGUAGAUUAUUCUGCAGCUCAGGUGAAAGGAAAGUCUUCUGGAGAAGAUUCAGCUGCCGGUGGACCAGUAGAAGGUUCAGAGUUGGAUGAAAAGAAAGCCUCUGAACAAGAGAAGAUCGGAGAACAAAAAGAGGAGAAAGGAGGACCAAAAUUUAGUCAGCUGUCCAAAAUUGCCUAUGUCACCUUCCAGGGUAAGACCACCUCUGAGAACCUGACCCAUUAUAACCCUAACCCUGACCCUGACCCAGACUGUGAGUGUAACGGUCACUCCAACCGCUGCAGCUACAUCGACUUCAUCAACAUGGUCACGUGUGUGAGCUGCAAACACAACACUCGAGGACAGAAGUGUCAGUACUGUCGGCUCGGAUACUACAGGGACGCCUCGCUGAGGCUGGAGGACGAGGACGUGUGUGUGGACUGUGACUGUGACAUGGAGGGCAGUGCUUCUCCUCACUGCUCUGACUCUGGUCUCUGUCAGUGUAAAGGCGGUGCCACAGGGAGGCGCUGUGACACCUGUCUACCCGGAUACACCUGGCGAGGAGGAGGAUUCAGCUGCACAGUGAAUGUGUGUGAUGAGGAGCGUUUGAUUUGUCAGAACGGGGGAACCUGCGUCGACCUGCGGCGCUGCCUUUGUCCGGACGGCUUCACAGGUGCGUUCUGUGAGAAGAAGGUUUGUCUGAAGAAGAGCGGUUGUCUCGACAAUGCUGGAGGCCCCUCCUCCUCUCUGACCUCACACCUUUACCUGCUGACCCUCAGUCUGAUCUCCUACACCAUCUAUUAA